ACUUUGUCGGCGUCAUGCUACAGGAUGCUGGUCACCACUAUUUUUGGAUUUGGAAUUGGAAGACAGGGAUAUGCCAAUGUGAACUCUCAAAUUCAACCAUGGAGUCGUUUCUUUUCUUAUCUCCGCGCCAUUUCAUCAUUCCUCAACGUGAAAGGGACUCGAUCUCGCUAGCAGUCUAUUCAUUUAGACCUUGUCAUUACGACGGUCCCCCUAUUAAACCCUUGCCUUCCAUCUCAGCAUGUCGCGACAUUCCAAUUACCCGAUUUCUCACCCUGGUUGGAGUAUUCACACGUCAUGCGGUUGCACUGCCGGCCCAGUCCCGUCUUUGAAGCUCCAGAAUAUGAAAUUUUAUCCGGGGGAGAGCCGAUGUCUGCACACGGACCUAUUCCAAGCAUGUCCUCCUUUCCAUCAGGUUCAGUUCAAGAUUCUUCCACAACUUCGGACGAUCUGCCAAAAUGGGGGCGUACACACGCCACCAACGGACCGUUUGUUCGUCCCCGGCAGGAUGAUUUCAGGGUCGCUGUCUUUUCACCUACUCCGUUCUGUACGUGGGAAGUGUCUUACCGGAUGUUUAUUGCCGUGUCCGACAUCUAUUGCACGACCAAACGUUUCGAGAGCGAUUUCCAUACUAAGGGAAAGAUACUGGAUGACAAUCUAGACGCCAACUCCGACGCCGACUCCACCCUACCUAUCCAUGUCCCAUGGGGUGAUUGGGGACCUCGUUCUGCGCGCUUGUUGGCGACUGGUCACGAGACAUUCUGCUCUAUUUUUAUGAACCGAUACAUCUUCACCCGAGGGCGUGUACAAUAGGAUCCCUGGUUAGCCCCUGAAUGGGGACGCU